AUGGAGUCUGCUACAAUGGAGCUGCCCUCCCUGCUAUCCAAUCAGUCAUCAGAGAGCUGUGUGGCAGUGGAUACAACAGUUGAGAACACGCUGUUUGGAUGCUUCUACAUCCUGGUUUUCUUCUUGGCGCUCAACGGUAACAGCCUGGCCCUCUGGAUCUUCUCUCACCAGCGUGGCGCUUCCUCACCGGCUAACGUCUUCUUGAUUCACCUGGCCGUGGCAGACUUGUCCUACGUGAUCAUCCUCCCGCUGAGGGCCACCUACCACCUCACUGGGGGCCACUGGCCCUUCGGCGAGGUGCCCUGCAGGCUGGCGGGCUUCUUGUUUUACGUCAACAUGUACGCCAGCCUGUACUUCCUGGCCUGUGUGGCGGGCGAUCGCUAUCUGGCCGUGGUGCAUGCUGUGAGGUCGCUGAAGGUCCGCCGUGCCCGUUACGCCCACAUCAUCAGUUUCUCUCUGUGGGCCCUGGUUACCGUCUCCAUGGCGCCGCUGCUGAUCACCCACCAGACUGCGGAGGUGGAUGGCGUGACGGUGUGCUCGCAGCUGUAUAGAGAGAAGGCCUCGCGCAAUGCACUGAUCUCGCUGGCUGUGGCCUUCACCCCGCCGUUCCUCGCCACCUUGUCCUGCUACCUGCUCAUCAUCCACAGCCUGCACCGUGGCUCCAGGUUAGAGCCAGCCCUCAAACUUAGGGCUCUGCGAACCAUCGGCCUGGUCAUGCUCAUCUAUGUGGUCUGCUUCCUGCCUUAUCAUGUGAGUAGGGCCACUUUCAUCCUGGGCUACAAUCACCCCGACGUCUCGUGCCAGACACGCAGAGGCCUGAGCUUGGCCAACCGCCUCACCUCCUCCCUCACCUGCCUGAACGGUGCCUUGGACCCGCUGAUCUACCUGUUCGGCGCGGAGAAGUUCCGUGGCACACUGAUGCGAUUGUUUUGCAAUGAUCGGGCGGGCCUGUCGGGAGCCACCAGCGGAGAGUUGAAGGGAACACACGAGAGCUCUGUAAGCGCCAAGUCUGAGUUCUGAGGAAGAGAGAUUUGAACUCAGAGCACUGGUUGAUGUAGAUGCAUUUCCAAGACAAACAAAAAACGGUCUGUUAAUUGAAAACUCAUUCCACACUGUGGUUGAAGUGCCCCUGUAGCCCCCUAAAUUUGAAUUAAAGGUCCAGUUCCACUGUCCACCCUACGUCUCAUUCACCUUCACAGACUUUAACUGCCAUCACCUGUGUGAGUGCCGGAGAGUGUAAGGACUCCAGACGCCAUAUGAGUUCUGCUACAGCUUUGUAUAGACUCACGUUAUUUGGACGUAGACAUCCCUUG